UAUCCAAGUGGAUAAUCCGGCCCGUUUCUGCAUCGUACCGUUGCAGGCGUGCACCACCACCUACCGGUCAGGGUCAAAUUUCAGUCAUUUAGACAUACACGGUCGUCUUCUAGUUUGUGUAUUUUCUGUCUGGUUGGUGCGGACCACUCUAUCGAUUUUCUCCUAGCUAAUUCAAACAAUGGCCUCAGAUUCAAAUUCUUCUUCCUUUGACAGCGAAGUUCACAGCCCUAAUUCGAACCAGGACCUAAAUCCGGAUUCAAUUGAUCAGUCACUCGACGCCAUAGAAAAUCGUUUGGUCUCAAUUUCAAUGUCGUCUCACCCCGAAAUGGAGCCAUUUGAUCAGGAAGAAGAGCAGCCAGAGCCCAUGGAACAGCUCACGACCACGAUUGGACUGAUGAAUGGAGAAAUUGGAGAAGAAGUGGUAGUAGAUGAGAUUAAAGAAGAGGAGCAGGCUAAGAGUAGUUUGAAGGCGGUAGCUUCAAAGGUAAUUGAAGCAAGUUCAGUGUGGAGGAAUAAUUCGGUGGAAGAAGCAACGAGUCCCAGUAGUAGUGGAUACGCGGGUGAGGGAGGGAGUAGUGGCGAUGCAGCCAGUGUGGGUGAUGAAAUUAAGGGUGAUGAAAUUAAGGAUGAUGAUGCCGAGGUCCGGAGUUAUGGAGUUUUACGGUCUCGAGGACAGUGGACUCGCGGAAAACGCAACCUAGAUGAGGAUGAUGCUUCAAUUUCAUGGAGAAAAAGGAAGAAACACUUCUUUAUAUUGAGUCACUCUGGGAAACCCAUAUAUUCUAGAUAUGGGGAUGAACACAAGCUAGCUGGGUUCUCUGCAACUUUGCAAGCCAUCAUUUCCUUUGUGGAAAAUGGGGGCGAUCGGGUUAAAUUUGUAAGAGCAGGAAAGCACCAGGUAGUGUUUCUUGUCAAGGGACCAAUUUACUUAGUUUGCAUUAGCUGCACAGAAGAGCCUUAUGAGUCACUAAGGGGACAAUUGGAGCUCCUUUAUGGUCAGAUGAUACUUAUCCUCACAAAGUCUAUAAAUAGAUAUUUUGAGAAGAGUCCCAGAUUUGAUAUGACACAUUUACUUGGAGGAACAAACGUUGUCUUCUCCUCUCUCAUCCAUUCUUUCAGUUGGAAUCCAGCCACUUUUCUCCACGCAUAUACCUGUCUUCCCCUUGCUCAUGCAACAAGGCAAGCAGCAGGUUUGAUCUUGCAAGAUAUAGCUGAUUCAGGGGUCUUAUUUGCAAUAUUAAUGUGUAGACAUAAGGUAAUCAGUCUUUUUAGUGCACAAAAGGCAUCUGUUCAUCCUGACGAUGUGCUAUUACUCUCCAAUUUUGUUAUGUCCACUGAAUCUUUUAGGACAUCUGAGUCUUUCUCACCAAUUUGCUUACCAAGAUAUAAUCCCAUGGCGUUUCUGUAUGCUUAUGUGCAUUAUUUUGAUGUUGAUACGUACCUGUUGUUGCUUACUACAAGUUCAGAUGCCUUUUUUCAUCUGAAGGACUGCAGGAUUCGUAUUGAAUCGGUACUUUUAAAGUCAAAUGUACUAAGUGAAGUUCAAAGAUCCAUGCUAGAUGGUGGCCUGCAUGUUGAGGAUUUGUCUAUGGAACCUGCUUCUAUUAUGGGAACCAUGUCUUCGCAUAUAGGUCAAUCAGGGCCCACAACUGAUUCUCUGGGAAGGAUGAGGGAAGCAUUAGUUGGGACUGGUGGUCCUGCUGGGCUUUGGCAUUUUAUAUAUCGCAGUAUUAAUCUUGACCAAUAUGUGUCAUCUGAAUUUUCAUCACCAAUCAACAGCUUGAGACAGCAAAAAAUAUUAUAUAGGGCUUACCAGAAACUUUUUUCAUCCAUGCACGAUCAAGGAAAUGGACCUCAUAAAACUCAGUUUAGAAGGGAUGAAAAUUAUGUUCUACUCUGCUGGGUCACAGAAGAAUUUGAGCUAUAUGCAGCGUUUGACCCCCUUGCAGAAAAGGGUUUGGCAAUAAAGACAUGUAAUCGAAUUUGUCGAUGGGUGAAAGCUGUGGAAAAUGACAUUUUCUUGUUUGGAGGAAGCCCCUUUUCAUGGUGAUUCUUCCAAAUACUCCCAACUCUUUUAUUUGUAUGAAUAGAUAAGAUAUACUCAUUUCCCUUUAAUAAAAACAUGGCCUAAGUUUUUGAUAGGCUCCAGUUUUUGUGUAGUCUCAUAGAUGUACACACCAAUAUUGGUAUCACCUGUUGUAACUUUAAUUUUCAGAUCAGUUUUAUGAGAGUUCUUCUAUCAGUUUAAGAC